AUGGUCAACCAGGCUUUUACAGUGGAUUUGAACAAGCCACUCGUUUUUCAGGUCGGCCAUCUUGGAGAAGCUUACGAGGAAUGGGUUCACCAACCUAUUGUCAGCAAAGAAACCCCACGUUUUUUCGCGAAUGACAUCAUAGAGUUCUUAACACGCACUGCUUGGUGGGUAAUUCCUCUCAUCUGGCUUCCAGUUGUAUGCUGGUCUGUUUUUUCAUCUGCAAAGAUUGGCCUUUCUCCUUUCCAGCUAGCAACAACAGUGGUUGGUGGCCUCUUCAUGUGGACAUUGAUGGAGUACUCUUUGCACCGGUUUCUUUUCCACAUAAAAACAAAGAGCUAUUGGGCAAACACUCUUCACUACCUUAUCCAUGGCUGCCAUCACAAGCAUCCUAUGGAUGGCCUCCGACUCGUUUUCCCUCCUGCUGCAACUUUAAUUCUACUUGUGCCAUUUUGGAAUCUGAUUAAGUUUUUAGCACCUGCAUCUUAUGCCCCUGGUGUAUUUGGAGGUGGCUUGUUGGGUUAUGUCAUGUAUGAUUGCACUCAUUACUACUUGCACCAUGGGAAGCCAUUGAAAGGAGUAUCUCAUGAUCUCAAGAGAUACCACAUGAACCAUCACUUUAGAAUUCAGAACAAGGGAUUCGGAAUCACAUCAACAUUUUGGGACAGGGUUUUUGGAACACUUCCUCCACAUUCUUCCAAGAAACCUAGCUGA